CAAAAAGCAUGCACAGAGAAGUCAAAAUUAAACAUGAUUUAAUGACUCGUAAAUGUUUACAAUUAUAUUUAGGGUUAGCUAUUUUUGUUGUUUUAGAUCAGCUGACCGGUGACAGUUGCGCAAUUUUGAGUAUUACCCUAUUCUUAUGGCCCCUCCUACACUUCUCCCACAACUCCUUGCAGAGUAUAUAAGAGCAAGACAACCAACAUCAAACCUAAACAAGAUCUCUUUGAAUAUGGCUUUAACAGAAGUGUUACUCUCGCAGGGCACAGGUACAAUACUUGCCCUGCUGUUGCUUUUGAUUAUUUAUCUCUUUUUCAUCACCUCAAGCUCUCAAGAUGAGGGAAAAUACCCUCCAGGACCCAAACCACUGCCACUGCUGGGGAACCUACACAUGCUGGACCUCAAGAAAACCUACAUGAGCCUGUGUGAGCUGUCAAAACAAUAUGGGUCAGUUUACACUGUGCACUUCGGCCCCAAAAAAGUGCUAAUACUGUCAGGAUACAAGACCAUCAAAAAGGCACUAGUGAACCUUUCUAAGGAGUUUGGAGACCGAGAUAAUAUGCCCAUUUUCCAUGAUUUCAACCAGGGAUAUGGGAUCGUGUUUUCCAAUGGUGAAAACUGGAAAGAAAUGAGACGCUUUGCUCUCACAAAACUGCGAGAUUUUGGAAUGGGAAAGCAAAGAAGUGAAGAGAUUGUCAUCGAAGAAACAAAACAUUUAAAAGAGGAAUUUGAGAAGUCUAAAGGAGAACCGUUUGAUACAACUCUGCCAUUAGCCAUGGCUGUUGCGAACGUUAUCUCUUCCAUUAUCUACAGCACCAGAUUUGAGUACAGCAACACUAAGUUACAUCACAUGAUCAAACGAUCUUAAGAAAACAUGAGGAUCAUUGGAUCAGCUUCAGUGCAGCUCUACAACAUGUUUCCUUGGCUUCGUCCUUUUGUGACGAAUCAUCAACGUAUUAUGAAUAAUGUCAGAGACACAUUCAAACAAACUGAGGAAAUAAUAAAUGGUCUGAAGAAAACUCUGAACCCUCUGGAGCCCAGAGGAAUCGCUGAUUCUUUCAUGAUACGACAGCAGAAGGACGAGGAAUCUGGAAAAACAGACUCUUUGUACCAUUCAAUGAAUUUACUAUGUACAAUCAACAACCUGUUUGGUGCUGGUACUGACACUACGGCCACAACGCUACGCUGGAGUCUUUUGCUCAUGGCCAAAUACCCUGAAAUACAAGCCAAGGCCCAAGACGAGAUUGACCGAGAGAUUGGUGGACGUCAGGCAGUGAUGGAAGACAGGAAGAACUUACCAUAUACAAAUGCUGUGAUCCAUGAAACACAGAGAUUUGCAAACAUAGCACCCCUUGGUUCUCCUCAUCAGACCACCUGUGACGUUUAUCUGAAUGGAUUCCUCAUCAAGAAGGGUACCAGUGUGAUCACAAUACUGGGAUCUGCAUUGAAGGAUGAACAUUUUUGGGAAACUCCUGACAGCUUCAACCCAGGACACUUCCUAAAUAAGCAGGGCCAGUUUGUCAAAAAGGGCGCCUUCUUGCCAUUCUCUGCAGGCCGCAGGGCUUGUCCUGGACAGAGUUUGGCCAGGAUGGAGCUCUUCCUGUUCUUCACCUCCCUCCUUCAGCAUUUCCGCUUUACUCCUCCUCCUGGAGUGUCUGAAGAUGAUCUGGAUCUCACACCAGUGGUGGGCUUCACCCUGAACCCAGCCUCACACAAGCUGUGUGCAGCGAAGCGCUCUUAAAGUUCAUAUGAUAUUUUAUUAGACAUUUGUAAUUUUUUUUAAUGAUAUAUUUGCAUUUAUUAAGUUAGGUUUCAAUUGGAAAUACAUUCAAUGUUUGCAGUAUAGUUCCUUUGCUCUUCUUAUGUAAUAGGUGUAUUUAAGAAUAUGCGUAAUAUGUAAAUGUCUUUCUCACAUUCAAAUGAAUCAGAUGUUGUUAUUAAUGCUUAAACCCGAGGAAAAUGUUGGAAGCGCUGUGGAAAUGCCUACAAAUGGUUUCUUUAACUAAUGUAGAUAAAGAUUGCACUGUAAAAAC